AUGGCUACCCCCAGUGUUUUUACCUUUCAUACUGAGGGUCGUGCUGUUGACUUUGAGGUCUGGGUCGAUGACCUCCAGCUGUUCCUCCAGUGCAAUAGGGCAGACGGCCUCUCCCUGUUCGACCUCACCUCUGGUGCCUCCCUUGCCCCGCCUGCUACUGCUGACAGCACUAUGAAGCUUCACGAGAAACAGAGUGGGGAGAAGACCACGUACCUGGCUGAACCAGAAGCGGGAAAGGUAGCACGAGAGGAGCUCCGCACCAAGCUGGAAAAGGUACCGAUUAAAGAGGUGCAGCAGCAGGCGCUUCCUAUGGCAGCAGCAGUGAGCACGGUGGACGUCAACCUGCUGCAUAGGAGGAUGGGGCACGCUGGUCAUUAUCGAAUUAAGGAGCUGAUCAAGAAGAACAUGGCAGCGGGAGUGAAGGUAGCUGAGGGUGGAGAGGAAAAUCUGAAGUGCAGCACAUGCGUGGAAGCAAAGGCAACGAAGGCACCACAUCCCAAGCACGGAGUUCGUGAGCCAUACGAGACGUUGGCGAUUGUGGCAGCCGACACCGGAAAAGUCACGGCGACCAGAGAUGUUACCUUUUACGAGCAAGACACCUACUUGGAGUGGAAGGGACGGAAACAUGGAGCUUUUGCGAAGGAAGCGGCAGCAGCACCAACUCCACUGGAGGAGAUGAUAGAUGGGAGUGAGAAGGAGGGGAUAGGGGCAGCCAAUGGAAGCGGCGACAAUGACGACUACGAAGACCAUACUACACCGGGUUUCGAUUGGGUGUGGGAGGUCCAGGAGCUGUCCUCACCUUCAACUACUGUGGAAGAGGGUGAAGAAGACAAUGAUAAGGGAGAAGAAGCGGGUGACAACUCAACGAAUGAAGCCGGUGAGGAAGAAGCUGAAAUUUCUGAUGUGGAGGAGAGUGUGGCUGAAUAUGCCAGCACGGGGUACUCCGACCCAUGGCGCAUCAUUGACACGGGGGACAAUGAAAAGGUGGCAGCAGAGAUUGAAGAGCUACUUUCAGAUGGUGCGAUUAUCAUCGGAAGGGAGGUUGAAGGAGAUUCUGUGCAACAAGGGGCGGAUGAUAAUGCAGCGGCAGAAAAAGGUGGAGCUGAAAAUGAGAAUGAGGAGAUGGGCAAAGGGAAACGAGUCAAGAAACCCAACCCCAACGGCCUUGCGGACAAGGAGGUCGAUGUGGGAGCAGAGAUUGAGGCAUGGGGCAACAGGGAGAGAGCGCUCAAAGCUUACCAAUCCAUGGUAGGCUCAGUCAUGUACCUGGUGUCAUGCACACGGGUUGAUGUGGCAUAUGCUGCAAGCUUUCUUGGACAGAGGGUGUUGCAGCCCGAGGGACGCAAGUGGAAGGAAAUGGAGCGGACUAUCACUUACCUCCUACAGCGGGACGAGGAGGGGCUGCUGUUUGAAGGUGGAGAGGAGAGCCUAGAACUAGUGGGGUCGUGCCACAUGUCCACCAACACGCUGUCAGCACCAAUGGGGUGGGAGCUGCUCGAGAGAUGGGAGAGGAAGGAAGGGGAGGAAGAAUGCGGGCGGCAGGGGAAGGGGUCGAAAGCAUUGGAGCAAAGGCGCAGACAUGAGUACACAAACAACCCGUCUGCACUCAGUGCCAUGCCGUGCUGGAGGACCGAUGAGAGAGCUGGAGUGGUGGCGGGGGAGCAGGAGCGCAGCCGGGGUGUAGUGCAGGAGCUGGUGGUUCAUGUUGUAUACCGCUAUUCAGUCCCGGUGUAUGGGGAAUGA